AUGGUGAACAUCACGGAAAAGAUCAAGGAGAUCGAGGAUGAGAUGCGUCGAACGCAGAAACAAGGCGACAGAAAACUUGCCCGGCUAAGAGCCCAGCUCUUGGAGCCAGUGGGAGGUGCUGGCGGUGGCCCCGGCGCGGGAUUUGAUGUCAGCAAGAGCGGCGAUGCACGAGUGGCUCUUGUUGGCUUCCCCUCUGUCGGAAAGUCUACCUUCCUGUCUAAAAUCACCAAGACCAAGAGUGAGGCUGCAGCCUACUCUUUCACCACGCUGACGGCUAUUCCCGGAGUGCUGGAGUAUGGUGGCGCUGAGAUUCAAAUCUUGGAUUUGCCGGGUAUUAUCGAAGGUGCCUCCGAGGGCAAAGGUCGUGGUCGGCAGGUCAUUUCGGCCGCAAAGACAAGUGAUCUGAUCUUGAUGAUUUUGGACGCUACAAAGCGUGCCGAACAGCGAGCCUUGCUCGAGGCCGAGCUGGAUGCUGUGGGCAUUCGGUUGAACAAGGAGCCGCCUAAUAUCUACUUGAAAAUCAAAAAGGCCGGUGGCAUGAAGAUCUCUUUCGCCCACCCCCAAAGCAUUUGGAUGAAAAGUUGGUUUACAACGUGCUCCGGGAUUACAAAAUUCUCAACUGCGAGGUACUCGUACGAGAUGAGAAUGGUAUGUGGUGCUUUAAUACAAAAGCCAGGCCAAAUCACUAACUGCGGCUCCGUUAUAGCCACGAUCGACGACUUUAUCGAUGUGAUUAUGAAGGACCACCGGAAGUACAUCCGCUGUCUUUACGUUUACAACAAGGUCGACAGCAUCGGCCUCGAGUUCCUUGAUGCCCUUGCCCGCGAACCUCACACAGCCGUCAUGAGUUGCGAACUUGACCUCGGCGUGCAAGACGUUGUCGAACGCAUCUGGAAGGAACUGAGACUAAUGCGGCUUUACACAAAACGGAAGGGAGAGGAACCUAAAUUCGAUGAGGCGCUCAUCGUACGAAAGGACUCCACCAUUGAGGAUGUUUGUGACCAGAUCCAUCGCACAAUCAAGGACACAUUCAAGUAUGCGUUGGUGUGGGGAGCGAGCGCGAGACAUAUUCCGCAGCGGGUAGGAUUGGGACAUUUGGUUGCUGAUGAGGAUGUGGUAUCUAUAGUGGCCAAGUAG